ACCUCUGUGACUUGGUACGUCUCCAGAGAAACCAUCUCGAUGAAUGCCAGUCACAGCUCGCACGAGUCCGGCCGCCAUUCCUGGCCGCAAUUUCAAGAGUGCUCAGUCUUCUCUUUGAUGAGAGAGAUACAAUCAAAGAGAUGAGUUCGUAGCCUAGACGAUUUGGAGGGGACCUUAUGAACGAUAUUUGUGUUAUGGUGUUGUUGCCAUAAACAGGUUGAGCUGGAAUCGAAUCGGAGCCUCUGUGAAGAAAGUUGUUGCCUGUUGUUGAUUGAUUCACAGAUCUGCGCGUGUUGAGUAGCAGUAUAAGCUCGUCCAAACCAGAGUAGCUGGUGGUAGAUCUAUAUUUUCCCUUCGAUCCUUGCCCUUGUGUUUGGUAGGUUGACUGAGCGACAACCCCUUUAUUGGCGAGCUAGAUCCGGACCUGACACAGCAGAGGGAGCACACUGGAAGAUUUUGGACAGCUCCGCUUCCUUUUGUAUAUAAAUCUCGUAGUAGAAAGAGGUGCCUAAGCAAGCAUGCAGAGCUGCGCGGCCCAGGCCGCUGGAGCGGGUACUGCCGCUUUCAGGUUCGCUGCUGGCGAUCCGAGUGCGAGAACGACAGAUGCCGCAUCCUCCUCCUAUGAUGCAAGCAGAAGUUACGGUAACCGCUCCUUACUCAGGGCAGACCCUCUGGAGCAACUUAGAGGGCGGCAGGUAGGCGCUGGCAGAGUCCCGCAGGUACCUAGGAAGGCAUGCGUGCAGGCUAUCCUGCGGGUGGAUAGAGAGGCUGCUGACAGAGACAGAGAGGAUGGCAGCGAGAAGGGGGCGCAGCGAAAGAGGAGCAGCUUCAGUCUGCAAGCCUCUUCCUCUUUGGCAAUGCCGAGCCUGGAUUUCCCCAGGUCUAGAAGCACCAGUCCAGUCAGGCAAAAGACGGCGCAGGAAAGGGUUGACGAUGCUGUACGGAAACAGGCGGCUUUGAUGGCGGACAUACGGAUACCGCCUGGGGCUGAAAUGGACGGCGAGUUGCUGGAGACAGCAUAUGAGAGGUCUGGAGAGGUUUGCGCCGAGUACGCAAAGACGUUCUACCUUGGCACCAAACUCAUGACUCCUGAGAGGCAACGCGCAAUCUGGGCCAUCUAUGUUUGGUGCCGUCGCACCGACGAGCUGGUUGAUGGCCCCAAUGCGUCUCACAUCACGCCCGCCGCGCUGGACCGGUGGGAGCAGCGCCUGGAGGACGUGUUUGCCGGGAAGCCGUUUGACAUGCUGGACGCUGCGCUCACAGACACCGUCCGAAAGUUUCCUGUUCACAUCCAGCCGUUCCGCGACAUGAUCGACGGCAUGCGCAUGGACCUGUACAAGAAGCGCUACGAGACGUUUGAGGAGCUGUACCUCUACUGCUACAAUGUUGCCGGCACCGUCGGCCUCAUGAGCACGCCCGUGAUGGGCAUUGCGCCCGAGUACGCCGAAGAUGAGGACGCCGUUCGCGAAAUCUAUGAUGACGCACUGGCGCUCGGGAUUGCCAACCAGCUGACCAACAUCCUGCGGGAUGUGGGCGAAGAUGCGCGCCGCGGCCGCAUCUACCUCCCGCUUGAGGAGCUGAGCCGCUUUGGCGUGACGGAGCAGGACAUCUUCGACGGUGUCGUGACCGACAGGUGGCGUUCGUUCAUGAGGUGGCAGCUCGCGCGCGCCCGCGACUACUUCGCCAAGGCGGAGAGGGGCGUCAUGAAGCUGGACAGGCAGAGCCGGUGGCCGGUGUAUGCUUCCUUGGUGCUCUACCGCCAGAUCCUCGAUUCCAUCGAGAAGAAUGAUUUCGACAACUUCCAUAAACGGGCUUAUGUGCCUAAGUUCAAGAAGCUACUUUCGCUCCCAGAAGCUUUUGUGAGGUCCCAGUUGCCACACUCUUCUCACGGACUCAAAGUGGCGUCAUCCAGCAAGGUAGCGGAAUAGCAAGAGGAUACUUUUGAAGAGGAGGACGCUCACAUUGAGAUCAACUUGAAGCACAAAGUGCCACCUUUGCUUUAUGGUCCAGUGACAUUUAUAAAGAAUAAUAUGCAUAAAGAGGUGAGGUACGAAGCACCGGCCAUCUUGAGCGAAAGUUGGAAAUUUUGUAGGAUGCCGCAAGCCAAGUAUGUGCAAGCAACAGCUCCUACGUUAAGGUUUCCAGUGGAUACCUGGAAUGAGCCAAGUCAUCAUUAACCAUGCAAGUGGUUAUUGCAUACCUGUCUCCAAUCCGUCUGGCUCUCAAUGCAGUACGUUGAAAUCGCAGU